GGCUUUUCAAGCGAUAGCUUUUCGCAUCACUGCCUUUGCUCCUACUGCUCUGAGUUGAAUCAUUCCAAAAACCAACCAGAGCUGGUCUUGUCAUUCUUGAUUUCCGUCUGCCAAAUCUCGAUCUAUCAUCUCCAUCUCCGUCAAAAUGCCCACCAUUAAGCUCCAAAGCUCGGACGGCGAGGUGUUCCCCGUGGACGUGGAGAUCGCCAAACAGUCUGUUACCAUUAAAACCAUGUUGGACGAUCUGGGCAUGGAAGACGAAGAGGAAGAAAUCGUGCCCUUGCCCAAUGUCAAUGCGGCUAUCCUGAAAAAGGUUAUCCAAUGGGCCACCUACCACAAAGAUGACCCACCGGCACCCGAGGAUGACGAGAACAAAGAGAAACGUACCGACGACAUCACCUCCUGGGAUGCGGAUUUUCUUAAGGUCGAUCAAGGCACGCUCUUUGAACUCAUUUUGGCCUCGAACUACUUGGAUAUCAAGGGUCUGUUGGACGUAACUUGCAAGACCGUGGCCAACAUGAUUAAAGGCAAGACUCCGGAGGAGAUCCGGAAAACUUUUAACAUCAAGAACGAUUUCACGCCUAGUGAAGAGGAGCAAGUGCGGAAGGAGAACGAGUGGUGUGAAGAGAAGUAACACCUGAUUACUCAUUGUACAUCUACUCAUCUAACUACUAUUGUAAUUCCCCGGGUGUCUUCUCCGCCCGCUGACCCCCUCUUCAUUACCCACCCUAUUUUGUGUGUUCUCGAUGACAAUAAAAAUUGUGUCCUCGCGGGGAUUUUCACCACUUA